UUUAUUGUAGGUCUUGGGCUGAUGAUUGGAGGAGGCUUGUGGUCAGUUUGAGAGAGUAAGGGCGUUGGGAGCUGAUCAGUUUUCAGACAGAGAGAAAAACAGCAAUGGCAGCAGCUCAUAGAGUCAUCGUGUAUGGAGGAAAGGGAGCUCUGGGCACUAAAUGUGUUGAGUUUUUUAAAUCUAAACACUGGUGGGUUGCCUCCAUUGACCUCAUGUCUAAUGAAGAAGCGAAUGCAAAUAUCAUCGUGAAAACGAGCGAGUCCUUCACUGAGCAGGCGGAGCAGGUUACCACAGAGGUUGCCAGUCUUCUUGGGGAACAGAAGGUGGAUGCCAUUAUUUGCGUAGCAGGAGGAUGGGCUGGUGGCAGUGCAAAGGCAACGUCUCUUUUUAAAAAUGCUGAGUUGAUGUGGAAACAGAGUGUGUGGACAUCAACAAUCUCCAGUCAUUUAGCUACAAAACAUCUGAAAGCCGAUGGCUUGUUGACACUGACAGGAGCAAGUCCUGCUUUGAAGGGUACAACAGGGAUGGUGGGCUAUGGCAUGGCAAAGGCGGCUGUUCAUCAGCUCUGUCAGAGUCUAGCUGGAGAGAAAAGUGGAAUGCCCCCCGGAUCUUCAGCUCUUGCAAUUUUGCCUGUUACCUUGGAUACACCAAUGAACAGGAAAUCAAUGCCUAAUGCAGAUUUCAGCUCCUGGACACCACUAGAAUUUGUUGCUGAGUGA